AUGCCGACGCUAGACCUAGUGGAAAAGCUAUGGAUCGUGAGGUUUGCUCUUGGUUUCGCGACCUUCUUCGCGGGCGUAGUCGUCUGGGGCUGCUCACUCCGGCACAAUCGGAGGCGAUAUGAUCCAGCUCGCUUCGCGUUUCUUCUCCAAAGGAUAUUCAUGGGCUUCUUUCUCCUCGCUUGUCUGCUUGAUGCUGUGGCUUUUCUCCUGGUCUCUUUGCAGACGACUUUCGGGUUGUUCUACAGCCCCGAUGCGAAUUACAUUAUUUCUUCGGCAGCAUCAUUCUUUAUGAUGCUCACGGAAAGCUUAAUAUUUGUUAUGCUCAUUCAUCUGCUAAGUGGGAUCUCGAUAAGCCAGCUUGGUAGUCUCAGCGACACUGGCAAGGUUCUGAGUCCGAUCAGCACCACUCUAGCUGUUCUCCUUGGCAUUCUCUCGCUCGCAAUCUUUGCUUUGGAGCUUGUCAGGCACUAUAUGAGAAGCUCCUCAUGGAACUUUUACCCAUGGGCGAUCAGCGUAUCAUUUCGGGGAUUGGAUAUGGUUGCGUCGAUCCUCCUGGUUGCGCGCUCCAUUCGAGUAAUGGCUAUCUCACGGGAGGAAGGUCGAUUGGCUAAGGCCUCUAUUCUGGCGCUUGUUUGUUGUGCAUUGGCACUCACGAGGUCAAUCUACGGACUCGCCAGUGUUGCCGGGAGCCGAUCAACAUACUGGAUAUAUCUCCACGUGCUGACGUAUAUUUUCGAGGUCUGGCCCAACUUCGCUAUAUUCUGCAUCACUUUCGUCAUUGGCAGGGACAGGCAGGAUGGCCUCUGGUCUCUUCACCAACCUCCUCCAGCAGCAAUAUCCAGCGAGCUUCAGCAAACCACGUUGAUGGAUCUCAAUAUUCCACAGCAGCAGCCCUCACCGUAUUACGAUCCUCAAACGGGGCAGACGUGGCAAUCAAUGGGGGGAUACAGACAGCCACAGGAACAAUACCGGUAUUAUCCACAACAAGCUCUGGCUCAAGGAAUGUACGCCACCACGCCCGAGUCGUACGCCUCGCCUCCUGAGCUGCCACAAACUGAAUUGCAACCACCUUUGCCGUUGGGUAGAUCACAACGCUCUCCAAGUCCGAUUUUGUUACCGAAUACACCGGCUUCUCACGGUUCAGUUCCCAAUGCGCAACUGAGUCCUAUUCCGGGAUUUUUACGAAGAUGA